AUGAACCCCCUCGCUCCUCUCAAGCGCGCACUUCUCCCAUCUCGUCUUUCGGUUGUGGCCACAGACAACGCCUCCCGCACGCUUGCAACGGCAUCCGCCCUCCCCUCCAUCCGUGAGCGCGUCGCCGCGGCCGUGACGCCCGAGCUAGUCGAGACGUUCCAGCGUGACGGGGCGGUCUGCAUCCGCGGCCUCUUCACUCCUGCUGAACUCGAGGCUCUUAAGGUCGGCAUUGACACAAACGUCUCUGCGCCCAGUGACCGGGCCAAGGUCGCGUCGCGUCCGGAGGACCCAGGAUGGUUCUUCGAGGACUUCUGCAACUGGCAGACGAACCCCGCGUACAAGAGCUUCAUAGCCGGUUCAGCAGCUCCCACGGCAGCGGCAGCUCUAAUGCGCGCUCGCAACGUCCGCCUGUAUCACGACCACCUGCUCAUCAAGGAGCCAGGCACGACGCAGCGCACGCCCUGGCACCAGGACCAGCCGUACUACAACAUCGAGGGAGCGGACACGGUGUCUAUGUGGAUCCCUGUUGACCCCGUGCCCGAGGAGGCGACGCUCGAGUUCAUUGCCGGCAGCCACAAGGGUCCGUGGCUGAUGCCCCGCACGUUUAUGGACAAGGAAGCCAAGUGGUUCCCCGAGGGGACCCUUGCCGACUUGCCGGACAUCGAGGCAGACCGUGCCGCGUUCCCGAUCCGCAAGUGGGCUCUCGAGCCCGGAGACAUGGUCUGCUUCCACAUGCUCACGCUGCAUGCGUCUGCUGGGACGACGACGCGCCGCCGCGCGUUCUCCAUCCGCUUCAUUGGCGACGACGUCACCCACGCUCCCCGUCGCUGGAAGACGUCGCCCGACUUCCCGGGCUUGAGUAACGAGCUGGCAGAGGGCGUGCCAAUGGACCACCCGAUGUUCCCCGUCGUGUGGACGAAGGACGGUGGACAGGUGGCCGGGCUUUAA